CUCUCUCCGUUUUUUCUCUUCUUGUUUGAUCGAAUCGAUCUAAAAAGCGCGUGUUUAAGAAACCCCCCCCCCCCAAAAAAAAAAUUUUAGUGUAAGCUAGACAUGACGCUUGGCUCAGGUGGAUCCAGUGUCGUCGUACCUCGAAAUUUCAGACUGUUAGAGGAGCUUGAGCGGGGAGAAAAGGGUAUUGGAGAUGGCACCGUAAGUUAUGGGAUGGAUGAUGGCGAUGACAUUUAUAUGCGUUCAUGGACAGGCACCAUCAUUGGUCCUCACAAUUCAGUACAUGAAGGGCGUAUCUACCAAUUGAAGCUAUUCUGUGACAAAGACUACCCGGAGAAGCCCCCUACUGUACGAUUUCAUUCCCGGAUUAACAUGACUUGUGUCAACCAUGAAACUGGAGUGGUGGAUCCGAAGAAGUUUGGAAUUUUGGGGAAUUGGCAGAGAGAGUACAUGAUGGAAGAUAUACUGGUACAGUUGAAGAAAGAGAUGGCAGCUCCCCAAAAUCGCAAGCUUGUCCAGCCCCCAGAAGGUACUUUCUUCUAGCUGUUCGAGGAUUUAAAAAAUUGAUAAAGUGGUGUGUCAUGAACAUGAAUAUGAAUAUUUGGUGCACAAUUAAAAUGGUUUGUCAAUGAAAUCCUUCUGGGAAGUCAACAAUAUGUAAUGGAGAAUGGCUCGAAAAAGCACUCCUGUUUGUACUUCUGUUUGAUUUAUGGGAUCCUUGUUUGUGUCAAAUGUCUAAUAUAUGUAUCCUUUUUGUAAA